AUGGCGCACCAGUCACCAUUGAUAGCCAUCCCGCGCAAGACGACGAGCGAUGCGGACUGGGCCGGCCCCGUGCGUGCCACCAUCGCCCACUCGUUUGGCGAGUCCCCAGACUCGUACUCGGAGGAGAUCUCGGCGCUGCAGCGUUGCCGCCAAGACGCCGUCAGGGGCGCCGGCAGCGACACCACUGCUAGAGAUCUGCUCUACAAGUACUUCGGACAGCUCGAGCUGCUGGAGCUGAGGUUUGCGGAGAUCAAGGUGUCCUUUGGAUGGAACGAUGCAUUCACCGACAAGCUCACGACCCAGACGUCGCUGGCUUAUGAGAAGGCUUCGAUCAUCCACCUUCUUGCCUCUGUGCUCUCGUCACUGGCGGCGAACCAGUCCCGAGCAGACCCCGAGGGCUUGAAGCGAGCGUACUUCAAUGCCCGAGCAACGGCAGGCAUGCUGACCUACAUCAACGAGAACUUCCUGCACGCGCCCUCGACCGAUCUUUCCCGAGACGUCGUUCACUUCCUGAUCAACCUGAUGCUCGCCCAAGCGACCGAGAUCUUCAUGGAGAAGCUCGUCGAUGAGAAGAAGGCUGCCGGACUCGUGGCGCGAACAGCAAACCAGGUCGCCAGCAUGUACAACGCACUUGUGGACGAGAUGAAGGAGCACCAGGGCAAGGGCAUCUUUGACCGGAACUGGAUGAGCGUCCUUCAGUGCAAGCAGAAGUACUACGCUUCGGUCGCUCAGUUCUACAAGGCCAAGGCGGACGACGCCGCGGGGAAGCACGGUGCCGCCCUUGCGCGGUACAAGCUGGCUGACGACCUCGGCUACGAGGCGAAGCGUUUCGCGAACAACUUCAACUACAACUUUGUCGCCACUGCUUCCCCGACACUUCCGACCGACGCCGGGUCCUCGCUGGUGGAGAUUUGCAAGGCGCACUCUGCCGCGUGCGCAGAGGCCAAGGCCCAGGCCACCAAGGACAACGACCUCAUCUACCACGACGCCCUCCCCAGUGAGGCUUCCUUGCCCGCGAUCGAGAAGCUUCCCCCGGCUACGCCAGUCACCAUCCAGGAUGUCUACGGCAACCCCGAGGUGUCCAAGCUCAUUGGCCCCGACAUGUUCGCUCGCCUCAUCCCGCUUGCGGUACACGAGUCGGCGUCCGUGUACUCGGAGGAGAAGGCCAAGCUUGCGCGUGGGGAGGUUGAGCGUGUCGAGAUCUCAGAGGCGGAGAUCAGGGGUGCCCUCGAGCACAUGGGCUUCCCUGCCAUCGUGUCGCGAUGGCGGAAGCUGGCAGACGGCGACGACGACGAAGAGGACAUUUCGCUGCCUGGCGAGAUUGUGCGUAUCGCGAACGAGGUGCGAGACGCGGGCUCGACGGACGCGCAGGUCCGGAAGCUCGAGGGCGAGCGUGCCCGCUUCGAGCACGAGCUUCAGUCGCUCAGCGCCUCGCUCGAUAACGAGAGCCGCGAGUGCGAGCGCGCUCGUGCCAAGUACAACCCGAACUUUACGCAGUCGCCCUCGGGCCCGCUCACGAACCACUUCCGCCAGACCAUCUCGCAGAAUCUGCAGGCGCUGCAGAGCGCUACCAACGCCGACCAGCAGAUUAUCGGUCUCUGGCGGGAGAUUCAGCCAGCUAUUGCCAGUCUGAAGGGUGGACCUGACGGUCUGCAGGCCCAGGCGCGCGACAUUGCUGCCGGAAAGAACAAGCAGGCUGAAGUGCCGCAGGGCGUUUCGCUGCUUGACCUCCAGGAUGAGGAGCAGGUCACGCAGCGCUUGGAUGCGGGCGAGCAGGAGGAGCUCCGCAAGGGAGCCAAGGACGCGCAGGAGCGUCUCGACCGCCUGCACAAGAUCCGCCGGGAACGCGACGACGUCCUGAAAGACCUGAAGGAGAAGAACGUCGAGCCGCAGCUGUUCGCUUCCGAGCUCGAGAAGUUCCGUCCGUACCAGUCUCGCCUUGCCGCGGCCGUGAACGCGAGCAAACAGAUCGUGACCGAGCUUGAGGGUAUCGUCUCUCGUGUCGAGAAGGGUCAGGGAGUGCGCCGUCAUGCGCGAAGCGACAAGGAGCGCGCCAAGCGGUUGCGCGACUGGGAGCGCAGCCUCGAGAAGGCCGGCGCUCAGCACGCGGAGGUCGUCGCUGGCCUCUCGAAGGGCCUCGGAUACUACGAGAGCCUGGACCGCGUCGUGUCCGACAUUGCGCGCGAGGUGAAGAGCUUUGUCCACCAGCGCGACAGCGAGCGCAGCCGCCUCGUCUCUGAGCUCGAGACGCGGCAGCGUAUCGCCGGCGGUGCCGGUGCCGGCAGCAGCCCGUCCCCCGCCUCGCGCGACAUUGGCAGCCAGCUCGCUGGUCUCAGCCUGAACGCUCCAACCGGCCCGCCAGGCGCUCCGCCCGCGCCGCCCAAGCCGUCAUCGCCAUAUGCGCCGCCAAAGCCUUCUUCCCCGGCCAGCAACCCGUACGACUUCAGCGCCCUCUCGAGUCUGUCGAAUGCACCGAGCUCGUUCCAGACGGGUUCGCCCGCCCCGCCCCCGCCGAACCGCUCCACAAGUGGCGGAUACCCCUCUUUCCCGAGUGUGCCUUCUGGCGCGCCGAGCUCGUCGCCUUCUGCGCCAUACCCGCCCCCGCCAAAGCCGCAAGGCAGCUACCCGCCCCCUCCCGGUCAGCAGCCGUCGCCCUACCCGGCGCCACCGCAGCAACCGCAGAGCACGGGCAGCUCGUACGCUCCUCCUCCCCAACAGCCGCAGAGCACCGGCAGCUCGUACACGCCGAGCUACCCCUCGCACCCCUCGCCUCAGCACUCGUACUCCGCUCAGCAGCCGCAGAGCACCGGCGGAAGCUACUCGGCCUACCCUCCCCCGCCGAAACCGACCUCGUAUGGCGCGUACCCCCCUCCGCCGCCUAAGCCGUCGUACUCGUACUCGUCCCCUCCGCCGCAGCAUUCGAUGCCGCAGAGCCAGCCGCAGUACCAGCCUCCUCCUCAGCAGUACGGUGGUCAGCCGCAGUACCAACCUCCCCCUCAGCAGCAGCAGUAUGGCCAGCAGCCGCAGUAUCAACCUCCGGGACAGCAGCCGCAGUAUCAGCCUCCCCCUCAGCAUCAGCAGUAUGGGCAGCAACAGCAGUAUCAGCCCCCGCCGGGCGGACAGCCGCAGUACCAACCCCCACCUGGUGGGCAGCCGCAGUACCAGCCCCCGCCGGGGCAGCAGCCCCAAUACCAACCUCCCGGGCAGUACGGGUACCCUCAGUACCGCUAA